AUGAGCGAGGCGGGCAGGAGGGCAGCAGUUCAUCGGGCGCGCGCCUCCGUUGCCCAGUGGCCCCGCCCCCUUCCUUGCCCUGGAAGGAUCCCGGGAGCCGGCGGGAGGGGCGGGGAGCCGUCGGUGCGCGCGCGCGCGGGCAGCAAGAGCUCCAGCGAGACCUGGAAGGUCCGCGUUGGCCGAAGGGGAAGCAGAGGGGCGGGAGUAGAAGGAGGAGGAAGACUGGGGGAGGAGGGGCUCCCUACGCCUCACCGCCCCGCGGACUGGGCGGGUCGCGGUGACGUAGGCAGGCGCCUGGGCUGUGCACUGGUUGUGGCGGCGGCAGCGACAGCGACAGCAGCCUUGGAGGAGGUGGCGGCGGCGGUGGAGCAGCAGCAGCGGUGGGCGCAGCCGCCGAAGCAGCAGCAGCAGCAGCAGCAGCGGCGGCGGGCGCAGCCGCCGGAGCUGGAGGGACCGCGGCGCCCUCUGCGCUCGGCCGGCCAGCGUUCGGCGUCUCGCCCCUGCGGAGCUCGCUGCCUCUCGCGUCUCGGCCCGGGCGGAGCCUGCGGCCGGGCGAAGCGCCCCCAAGGGAGGGAGGUGGGGCUGGAAGAUAUGGUUUUAGACAUCAUGAGCGUGUGACUUCAAGAAUGGACAACUGGGAAUCUAUUAAUUCUGAUUA